AUGGACGGGGAGAGACGCGCGCGGGACGACGACGACGCGCGAGACGCGCGGUCGGGCGGGACGCGCGCGAGCGCGAGCGCGGACGAGGAUGGGACGAAUAAAUCGUUUGAUUUCGCGGGGUGCAGUCAAUCGCAGCGGGACGAACGACGAGGCGCGACGCGAGGGACGGCGCGGUCGCAGGGGAACGGAGAGAGUCAGGAAUUCGGAGGACCGGAUUUUAUAACGCCCGCGGACGCGCAGUUCGACGCGUACGGGGGGUACGAGGAUAAGGAAAACUUUCGAGGCGCGCGGUCGCCGUGCGCGCUGUCGCCGGCGAGGAAUAAACGGCCGCGGUUCGGGUUGGAUUUAGGCGCGUCGCAGGGGACGCAGGAGUUUGCGAGUCAGCCGCUGGACGCGACGCAGCCGUCGCAGUCGCAAGGGGAGUUCGGGGGCGGGUUCCGCGUGCCGAGGAAUCGGGAACCGACGCGAGGGGUGGGGUCGAGGUCGGGGUUGCCGCGCGCGGCGACGUCGCCGCCGUGCGCGAGAAACGCCUUCUUGCCGGAUGAUGAGCAGCCUCCGGAGACGAGCGCGCACGCGCGGAGGGCGAAUUGUACGAGCGCGGCGCAGUUGGCCACCAUGUCGAGGUUUCGCGCGGAUUUCGUCGACCUAGGGUGCAUCGCGCGCGGCGGAUUUUCCAAAGUGCACAAAGUCAUCGGGCGCUUGGACGGGUGUCGGUACGCGCUCAAGCGCACGGAUAAAAAGCUCCAGACCGAGCGCGAGAGAGCGGAGGCGCUGCGCGAGGUGCAAGUUUUGGCGAGUUUGACGCAGUGCGCGGAGAUCGUGCGCUACCAAAGCGCGUGGUGGGAGAACGACCAUCUGUACAUUCAAAUGGAACUGUGCGACGGGAGCGCGUCCAAGAUGGUGGAUUCGCAGAGCGGCGAACGCGCGAGCGAGGCUGCGUUGAUGCGAUGCCUCCUCGACGUCUCCGCCGCCUUAUCCUACGCGCACGCCCGAGGUUUGGCGCACAUGGACAUCAAGCCCGAUAACAUCUUCAUUCACAACCAAGGAUACAAGCUCGGCGACUGGGGCCGCGUCGCGCUCCUCAACGGCGACCGCCGCGACGCCGCCGUCGACGAGGGCGACGCUCGAUACCUCUCCUCCGAGGUUUUGAACGACGACUUUUCCGCCCUCGACCGCGCCGACAUAUUUUCAUUGGGCGCAUCCAUCUACGAGCUCGCCUUGGGCGCCUCCCUCCCCUCGCACGGCGCCGAGUACCAGUCGCUUCGCCGCGGCGUCGUCCCGCGCGUCGACGUCCCCGCGCGCGUCCACGCGUUCGUCCUCGACGCCAUGUCCCCGACGCCUUCCGCGCGUCCCACCGCCGGCCGUCUCCACGCCCGCGUCCGCGCCGCGCUCGACGAAUUCGCGUGA